AUGUUGACUGCACAGGCCGUGGUAUUUUCCGAACACGGCGAGCCAGCAGACGUGCUCCGCACACACACUUACGAAAUCGACGAGAACAACUUGGAUGCUAACAGCAUCAUUGUGAAGACCGUCGGUUCUCCCGUCAACCCCUCAGAUAUCAACCAGAUCCAGGGAGUGUAUCCAUCGCAGCCCGAAAGGACGACUGCUUUGGGAACCGACCAGCCGCUGGCUGUUUGUGGAAACGAGGGGUUGUUUGAGAUCCUCCAUGUCGGCUCGGAAGUGAAGAACUUCCAGGUCGGCGACUGGGCGGUGCCCACCUCUGUGAACUUCGGCACGUGGAGAACGCAUGCGUUGUGCUCCGAGGACAAAAUGAUGAAGUUGCCCAACCCCAAACAGUCCAAGGCCAACGGCAAGCCACAGGGCCUCACAGUCAACCAGGGAGCCACCAUUUCCGUCAACCCCUUGACUGCGUUUUUGAUGCUCAACCACUACGUGAAGCUCGAGCCGGGCAAGGACUGGUUCAUCCAGAACGGCGGCAACUCUGCCGUGGGAAAAUUCGCUACGCAGAUCGGCCGCAUCUUGGGCAUCAACUCCAUCUCUGUUAUCAGAGACAGACCAAACUUGCAGGAGACCAUUGAGGACUUAAAAACCAACCAAGGGGCCACGCACGUGAUUACCGAGGAGCAGAACAACUCGAGGGAAUUCACCGACGUCAAGAAGUGGGUGAAAGAGACGGGUGGCUCCAUCAAGCUCGCCAUGAACUGCGUUGGCGGGAAGUCGUCCACGGCCGUGGCCAGAAAAUUGUCUCCGGACGGUUUGAUGUUGACCUACGGAGGCAUGUCGUACCAGCCCGUGAUUUUGCCCACGUCCUUGCACAUCUUCAAGAACAUCACGAGCGCCGGGUUCUGGGUCACUGAGCUCUUGAAAUCCAACCCACAGUUGAAGAGAGAUACCAUGAACCAGAUUGUCCUGUGGUAUGAGGAGGGCAAGCUCUCUGAUGCCAAGUCUGUUGAGCUGAAGUUCGACGGAGGAGACUUGGCCAAGUUGUACCAGGAAGCGGUGGCCAACAGUAAGAAUGGCAAGCAGCUUGUGGUUUACUGA